AUGAGCAACCUCCUAGCAAAUGCUGGUGUUCCAGCCUUCAAGUGCCCGCCAGGCACCAAAAUGCACCUUCUGGAUCUAGGUACUCUCACAGUCGACGAGGGAUGGUUAAUGCGUGGUGCAAACUCGAGCUCUCUGAGCAACAAAAACCCAGAGAAUAAGCAACGCGAUCUCGUAGUCCUCGCUGCGCUUAUUGAGCAUCCGCAAGCGGGCCUCAUUCUCUACGAAACAGGGUGUGCUGAAGACCUCGAAGUGAAAUGGGGAGCUCCAAUUACGGAUCUCUUCCCGCGGACCCAAUAUAAAGAGUGCAAUCGACUCCCGGACGCCAUCAAAGCAACAGGCAAUGACAUCAAAGAUGUAAAAGCCAUCAUCAUAGGCCAUCUACAUUUAGAUCAUGCGGGUGGUUUGGAGCACUUCCUCGACUCGGGCGUCCCGAUUUACGUCCACGAAGAGGAAUUUAAACACGCCUGUUGGGCAGUGGCAACAAAAGCCGACUUCGGCGUCUACGUAUAUCACUACAUGGACUUAGAGCGUCUAAAUUGGAAGACAUUCCCAGAUUCCACUCUCGACCUAUUCCAGGGCAUCACGCUACACCACUCGCCGGGACAUACACCAGGACUGUGCAUCAUGCAGGUCAAUUUAGAGAAAGAUGGCACAUUUAUCUGGACAACCGAUCAAUUCCAUAUCAAGGAAAAUUAUGAGUUGGCGGAGCCGCAUGGUUGGUUGGCGAGAGAUCAUAAUGCGUGGAUCAGGAGCUUGGGGAUGAUUCAGAGAUUACAGAGGUUGUUCAACGCGACAUUGAUAUUUGGACACGAUAAAGAGGUGGCGGAUGAAUUGACAAAGGUAAAGAAAUACAUGGAGUAA